AUGGCAAGAAAGUCGCGCGAGCGAGAGAUCGCCGCCGAAGAGAGAUUCUGUGAACAAGCCGAGCUGCUUGAACAGGCCCGACAAGCGGCGGAUAUAGCACGCAGGGAGAAUCAAGAAAUCAUAAACAGUGUCAAACAGCUGGAGGGUUUUACUGACUUUCUAAGUGAAGAAGAGAUUAGGGACCAGACAGCUCAACUGUACCGGAAUCUCCAGUCCUGGGUCGAGCAGCAUUAUGGAGUUCUCUGCCCAGAGGAUAUACAAACCCCGACGGAAUCACUUACAACCCGAAGUACGCUUGACUCAGAUACCACAUGCAGUACUACACAGACUCUAAUGGAGCCGAUCGGUAUCUAUGGUGAUAUAUCACAUUAUAUUUUCAAUGCUAUCCUGAGUCGUUUCAUUGUGGGCACAGGUAAUCCAACUAUCAACCACUUAUUUCGGAUGCUGGAUGAGGAAGUGCAACAAAUUUGUGGGUUGAGUCUUUCUCUAUCCAAGCACAGUAACACCAGUCCUUCUAUCACAUCUCCCCCUCAAAAUUUAUCUAUCAUAGCUAAUUUCACUGGGUUAGGCCCCAUCCCCAUAAGGCUGCAUUGGCGCUCUGCCACAAGUAUCGCAGCCUUGCAACUUGCGAGGACAGAGCUCGAGGGCAUCGUGAGUCAAAUAGCCGAAGUGAUUGAAGCACGAUAUUUUGACUAUACCACUCCUUUAUCGAAUAUCAACAGCAGGGCCGAACAGCUCAAAGGCAUAAUUUGGGACUUUGUCAAUCUCAAGGGGCAGAUUGAACGUCAAGAUGCCCUUUACUAUUUUUGGUGGGUGUUGCCUUAUACGCCAUUUCGGGAGGGGAAUAUGAUCACCCUACCUGAAAGCGAUCUUGCAGUUUCAAAUGGUACUGUUGAGUAUUGUCUGUCUCCCGCUCUAUAUAAGCUAGAGCGAGAUGACACAGAGCCCAGCUUUGUUCGUCACGCAUUUGUGAAAAUUGCAAAGAAAGAGAUUUGA